AUGCAUCUCUCACGCGCUAUCGGUGCAUGCCUUUUGGCACUCACCUCGCUCUCCGCCGCGCACCCCAAGAAACCUGUUCCUCGCCCUGUCUGGCCCAGUAAGCCGGCUGUAAAAAAUGACGCUCAGCAUAGGGGUCGGUGGUCCCGCGGAUACGACAUCGAUACUAAUUGGGACGUUGACUGGCCGAAAACUGGGAAGACUGUGACAUACAACUUUGAAGUCACCAAUACCACCUGUGCCCCAGAUGGCGUUGAAGUGCAGACUUGUAUGCUUGUCAACGGCCAAUUCCCAGGCCCUACCAUUGAAGCAAAUUGGGGCGACAACAUUGUUGUCAAUCUCAAGAACUCUCUGCAGUGGAAUGGUACGGGCAUUCACUGGCACGGUCUUCGUCAGUACCAGACCAACGUGGAGGACGGCGUGCCCGGUAUCACCGAAUGCCCACUUGCCCCUGGUGAUUCAAUGACCUACAAGCUCCGGGCAACUCAGUACGGCACAUCCUGGUACCAUUCGCAUGGGAUCGAUGUUCCGACCGAGCAUCUGAUCACCAACACAAUUCUCAUCAAUGGCACCAAUAAGGACGCACAGAACAUGACGGGCUCCUGGGCUACAACACCUGGGCUCAUUCCUGGCAAGAAGUAUCUGUUGCGGCCGAUCAACGCGCAUCGACAUUGUGACCUGUGCCGCUGUGCUGGAACGGAUGUUCAAGCAUUCCGCGUUUCUCUGGACAAUCACUCACUGACCAUCAUUGCGAAUGAUUUUGUGCCUGUUGAGCCUCUCGCUGUCGAUCACCUCAUCCUUGCCAUUGGGCAGCGUUAUGAUGUUAUUUUCACCGCUAAUCAGAAACCCGGAAACUACUGGUUCUGCGCUUUUGCUGAGACUGCUUGUUUCGGCAGUUCCAUCAAUUCUGCACUUUCUAUUUUCAACUACGGAGGCGUAGAGCUGAGCACCCCAAAUUCCACAGCAUAUACGAUGCCUUCAGACUGUAUGGAGCCUUGGCCACUCCAGCCUCUGAAUGCGGAAACCCUCCCAAAGUCGAAGUUCCUGUCAUCUGUCGUCAAUCUGGAAGUCAGUGACACGACAUCUACAGAUGUAGAUGACGGAGGCCUUGUCCUUUGGAGGGUCAAUGGGUCAUCCAUGAGAGUCGACUUUGAGAAGCCGGUCUUGAUGGAUCUCAUGAACGGAAAGACCGACUUCGCAUCUGCACAGAACCUCAUCGAACUCCCCAGAGAGGGUGACUGGAGCUUCUGGGUUAUUCAAGAAGCCGACGGCGCUGCCACCUUCCCACCCAUUCCCCAUCCCAUUCAUUUACAUGGCCAUGACAUGUAUAUCCUUGGCCAAAAGGAGAACGCAAUAUUCGACAAGAACAAGGACAUCGACAUCCUGGAUUUCACGAAUCCUCCUCGUCGUGACGUGGGCAUGCUACCUUCAGGAGGCUGGGUGGUCAUUGCAUUCAAGAAAGAUAAUCCAGGAGCUUGGCUUCUGCACUGCCACAUUGCGGUUCAUGUAAGCGAGGGUCUGGGCUUACAAUUCCUCGAAUCUAAGCACAAGAUACCAUCGCCCGGUCCUGCAUGGAAGCGAACAUGCAAGAACUGGAGGCGUUACUCGGAAGGUAAUAACCCGUAUACCGAUGUAUAUAGCCCCCAUGCACCCUGGAACGUUUCCAAGUCUGGCCUCUAG